UGAGGUUAUAUUUACAUUGUGUGUGGUACAUUUAAAAAGAAUGUAAAUGUGUUUCUAAAAAGACACUAAUAAAAAUAACAAGAAAUUUUGUGCAAUAAUGGAAACUAAAAGUUCUGCCGUUGAAGAAUUUUGCAGAUUAUGUUUAAAACCAAAGCCGUAUUACCUGCAACUAUUUCAAAACCAAAUUAUUGAAAUGCUGGAAUCGUUAACUUCAAUAAAAAUAAGCUGCGACGAUCCAGGCCCCAAUUUGACUUGCUAUGGAUGUUAUGUGGCGAUGAAAGUUGCAUACACAACUCAACAAAGACUAAUAAAAACAGAAAUGUUGCUUCAAGAGAAAAUAUUAGGUCAGCUUGUGGUAAAGGAAGAAAUAGAAGAAAGCGGCAGUGAACUAGAAAUGUUAGAAACCGCUAUUAAAUGUGAAGAUGGUAUUAGUGAAGAAAUUCAACCAGAAGAUCAAUAUCAUAAUGAAACACCCAGCACUGGUUAUAAAAACAAAAACCCAACAUUUUUAAAGUGUGAAACAUGUCCAAAUACAUAUGACAAUUAUUUUGACUAUUCAGAACACUCAAAAGGUCAUGAAAUGAAACAGUGCUUGAUGUGUCCACAAGUUAUCUCAGCAAUAGGAUUUAGAGAACACAAUUUAACACAUGAUACUGGUUACUGUGAAUACUGUGGGGCGCAAUUAAAACAUGCACUGUCUUUAAGGAAGCAUGUGCAACUUUACCACAGAGAACCAAAAAUUAUGUGUGAACAAUGUGGGGAAAUUUUAGACAAUAGAAGAAUGUUUGAUACACAUAUAACCACACACCAUACAAAAGAUGCGGCGUUUAUUUGUGAUCACUGUGGCGCUAAAUUUUAUAGUGUGAGCCUCUUGAAAAAACAUAUUAAACAACAACAUACUAUUGAUGAACAGUUUAGCUGUAACGUUUGUGGUAAGGCGUUUGGUUUAAAGUCCAAGCUUAAAGCUCAUGGGUUAAAACAUUCUGAUGAGAGGUUGUUUAUUUGCGAGUUUUGUGGAAAGGGGUUUAAGGAAAAAGGCACCAUGAAUACUCAUAAGAAGGGUGUCCAUGGGUGGAAGUCAGAAGAGAAAUUCAGGUGUAAAUUGUGCGAUAAAGGAUUUGCCACAAAAUUUGCCUUAAGUACACAUGUAGUGAGGAAACAUAAGGAAUAAAUUCAUGUUUC